CAACGCAGCAUACAUACUAUUAUUAUUAUUAAUAUUAUCAUUAUCAUCAUUAUUAUUACCAGCUUAUUCCAGCAUUCCAGCUUUCCUUUACUUGUAUUAAUUGCCUCACAGAAACUGAUAAUUUAAAUUAAGCAAACUUUAUUUAUCAGCCUAUUUUUCCCUGGGGGAUUUUUUUCAGAAAUACUGACCAAAUGUCAAGGGAAAGCAUCAUCGUGGCCAAAUUUUGGUGGAAAAAAAUCCUACAACUUUCUCAAAUUAAGUAGACAUAAAUAAAUGACAAAGCACUAAAUUUAUAUUCUUCAUGCGUCCUCGGGCUGCCAAUUUUAUCUCAUUUCCCACAGUCGCGGCAUAUUAUCUUAUCCAUGGAUUGCCGAGACAGGAAACGAAGAUAUGCUUAAUCUUAAAACCACCGUGGUGAUGAUAGGAAGAGCUGUGAUGGUCUUGGGACCACUCAGCAGAGACAAGAAGAGAAUUAAUGCCAUUCGAGUUACCGGAUAAGCAACCAAUUAUAGCUGUUGCACCAAAUAAAAGAUUUUUGCUAAACAAACUUUUUCAUUAUACCAAAUUAAAAGGCUUUUGAGCCGCUUCUUCGGUGUUGCUGUUUUCUGCUUGGAAAACAAAAAGCAUGUAAUAAAAACUUCCUUACCUUUAACACCUUUAACAAUCUGAGGGGAGUCGAUGGUGCUAAUAUCAUUUCAUUAAAUUAGGCCUAUAUGUCUUCCUAACACACACGCAGAGGGAGAGGGGUAGGGAGUGAGGGAGAGAGAGAGAGAGAGAGAGAGAGAGAGAGAGAGAGAGAGAGAGAGAGAGGCUCUCUCAAUCCCUCCCCCGCUUCAGGACGUCACUGAGAGGGAGAGGGCAGCAUCUUGGCUGACCCAGCUCCUUCUCUAGAUAACUUAAUUCAGCCAACCAAACAGGAUCGACCUCUUCUUCUGUCUCAGCCCUCCAGCCACAGACUCACAGCCAAAAGAGAGGGAUGUCACAGCUGAAAGAAAGCCAGUCCUCCUCGGUCUGCAUGAAAAACAAGCAGUGCGCGACCAUUCUUCACGUUUACGCACGGGGUAUUUACUUCUUCUACGCGCCCUCGGGAGAUAAAUCGUUCCAAUUUUGGAUCUAUUGACUAUUUAUCUGUCACCUCUCUCUCUCUCUCUCUGUUGGUGGUAAUAAUGCUUCCCAGUCCGAUCAUAACCUCUUCCACCACGCCUUUUUCUGUGAAGGACAUUCUGAAGUUAGAGUUGCAGCAGCAGUCUCAGCAGCACCAGCUCCAGUUCAUCUCCUGCUUCGGUCUCUCUGGUGCGCUGUCGCAGCCAGGAACUUUCCCAAACAAGCCCCUCCGUUCUCAUUCACCGCCCUCCUGCAUGUUGGCCGGGAGGGACAGUCCAAGUCCCAUCAGCUCCGGCCUCUCGGAGAGCGAGGAGAGGAUGUCGUACCUCAACGCCAUGACGAUACCGGAGCGGCUGGCGGGGUCCGGUCUGUCGGUCGAGAUGUUCGGAAACCCGGCGCAGAACCACUCCGCAGCCCUCCAGCUGGAGACCGAGCAGGAAGACCAGGACAGCAACAGCUGCGGUGUGCUCCGGGGAGAGUGUGAGGAUCCAGAUGCGGAGAAACCCGCCACUAAACAGCAAAGGACCAGGAGGAAACCCCGUGUCCUCUUCUCCCAGGCUCAGGUGUUCGAGCUGGAGCGGCGCUUUAAGCAGCAGCGUUACCUCUCCGCCCCGGAGAGAGAACACCUGGCCAGCUCCCUGAAACUCACCUCCACCCAGGUCAAGAUCUGGUUCCAGAACAGGAGGUACAAGUGUAAGAGGCAGCGGCAGGACAAGAGUCUGGAGAUGGCAGGUCAUCACCAUCACCACCACCAUCACCCACCGCCGCCGCCAAGGAGGGUGGCUGUGCCGGUGCUGGUCCGGGACGGGAGGCCUUGUCUGACUGGAUCUCAGAACUAUAACACCUCUUACACUGUCGGAGCUCCAAACCCGUACAGCUACAACGGUUAUCCACCUUACAGCUACAACAACUCGGUCUACACUAACACUUAUUCCUGUACUUAUUCUAGUUUACCUGCUCUGCCGCCCAGCAACACCACUGCUAACGCUUUCAUGAACAUGAAUUUGGGAAACCUUGGUGCACAGACGCAGAGCCAGGCCCCUCAAGGACCAGUGGUCACACCCUGCCAAGGAACUCUGCAGGGAAUCCGGGCAUGGUAACGCGGUCUUUAUUAACAAUCACAACUGGGAGAGACUUGUCUGGGAUGGCUGAAUGGACUAAAGCACGUAAAUCCAAUCAACUGAUGCAAGGAGAGCACAACGAAUAACUCCGUAGCACGUUAUAGAAAGCACAGGCCAGUGGCUGUAACUCAAGGCAGGCCUAUGAGGAAACCCUAAUCCGUUGACUGAAAUACAGAUAUGCAGAAUGCGCAUUUUCUCUGAGCCACAGUGUAUAGAGGACUUUUAAACCUGCUGUUGAAUAUUUGAUUGUAGGAUUGAAUUCUGACGAUGAGCAAAGACUGUGCGUAAUGUGGCCUGUUGUGGUUCAACAUGGAUGCAAGCGACGAAAAAAGGGAAAGCAUUUGGACAUCUUCAUACAAAUAUACAUGUUUUAUGCAUACAUUAAAGUCUAUAGUGAAUUAAGUAUUGGCCUGACUAGGCCCACUCCAGUUUUUAAAAUGAAUUGCAAAUAACAACAUGGACCACAACUGCUAAGUAAUGCAAAAAAGUAUUACGCUUUUUUUUCUUUUUGACAGUGCGAUAUAUGUUCGGCCAGUAGCCUUUGUUUUUUUCUAAAACAGCUUUUCUUUUUUUGAAAAAUUAUAAAUAAUUAUGAAAUUAAAUGAUACAAGUGACUGUAUUGUACUGUGCUUUCUGAGCGUGUGUGUGUGUCUAUUCUCCUUUGUUGGCUUAUUAAAAUACAUAGAACUAAAGAACCUUAAAAAAAAUACAGUACAUACACAUUCAUGUAAAACUGUACAUUUCUAUGCCCAAUCAGACGUUUCUGAUCUCGUCGUAUCACAAGUCAACAUUCAUAAGAAUGUGGAUGGGAAACUCAAAUAAAUUAAUGUUGCGUUUGGUUUAUUCCUCAAGCAUGUAGUUUCUCAUCGUCUCAAAUCGUUUGUCAAGCUAAGAAAGUUUCCUCUUUUUUUCUUGUGAGAAAGCUUGUAGUAGACUUUGGUCUGAGACAAGAACCAGAAACAUAGAGAAUUUAGAGGCGAGCUAAUGUCCGGUCAGGAUUCACAGAUGGACAUUAACCAGACAGCCAGCAUCCUCGGGACUCACAGAGUGAAUAAACUAAAGAGUUUUGGAUGAUAAAUAUAGUUGGAAAAUGUUCUCUGUGUUGAUGCAUGACGCUGAAAUACAUAAUUACCGUUUUAAAAAAUAAUAAAUAAAAUAUGACAGUAUAUGUCACUACACUCCAAAUAAUAAUACUUAUUAUAAUCCUUAUUUAAUCAGGUAAUCUCUGACCCUGCCAAUAAUUUUAGAAUUAUAUGAUAAUUAUAUACUAAUUGUCUACAUUUUCACUCAUUUAAUCGAGGGCACACACACACACACACACACACGCUGAUUGGAGAUGGACUUAAACAAACACCUUCACCUCCCAGACAUGGUCGAAUACGCAGACACUAUUAAUGGAGAUGAAUGGCAACGUAAACCCAGUGUUUGUCUCCUCUGAUAGCCUCACUGGCCACUUCCCCUGCUGGCUACUGCACUGCCGGUAUGGGACAUACCUGGUGUCAGCUCUAAGUGCUGCAGAGUCACAAGUGUAAAUAGAGCUGGCGACAGGACGGCGAUGCCUGAGGACGCGGCCUGGCCACGGCUGCUCUGACAGGCGCUGCAGCGAUCGCUAUCUAUCGCGCUUCCAAAGAUAGCAGCUCGGCUCAUCGCUGCGCUAUAGGCGUGGAGUUUCCCAAAACAAAGUCUCCAAUGGCAACCACUCAAGGAGCUCACAAAAGAACCAGACCCCAAAUAUAGAGAAGGAAAAAGUGCGUGGAGAAGCUGGAGUAAGGAAUCUCCCAUUAGGUGGCCUUAGAAGUAAGGACCUGGCUGACAACACGGCAUCAGAUGUGUGAGGAUUUUGUUCAGGACUGGAACCAAGUUAUCUAUAUAUCUUAUAAUUUUAUCGUGUAUGUUUUGACAACAUAAUUCGGGGUAAAUGGAUAAAACAAAGUGAAUAUAAUAUAAUUCCAAUCGGGCUUCUGGUAAAAGAUGAAUUGGAGUGUUUCAGGAUAGAGGGUAUGCA